CUUCUCUUCUCCCUCUCUCUCUCUCUCUCUCUCUCUCCACAAAAAGUCUCCAAAAAGAAGCUCUCUUUUGCUCUUUCUUCUUCAGCCAUUCUCCCCAUUUUCUCGCCAAAAAUUUCAUUUCUUUUUCUCACUUUGAUCCCUCAAUCUUUCACCUUUCUUUGUCUUACAUCAUCACUUUGAUCCUUCACUUGCUUCACUUGUCUUCUCAAGUUUCAUUUUUUCGCAUUCUUUCAAUCUCUCUGUGGUUCUUCACUUUGAUCCAUCAGUCACCACCAUGAAAAACUCAAUUUUUUUACUACCCUUUGCUUAAUUUCAAAUCUUUUCACUACCCUUUUGUUAAAUUUUCAAUCUUUGCACUAUCCGUUUGUUAAAUUUUCAAUCUUUUUCUCUACCCUUUGAAAAAAAAUUCAAUCUUUUUUCAAUCCUUUUGUUUGGAUUUUCAAUCUUUGACCAAAAGGGUAUUGUUAUAAAUUGAAAUGAGGGAUGUUGUCGUGGCUGGCAAGGAUAGCUCUGGUUUGUUGGAGACCGGUCAGGAGAUAUGCCCGUAUGAACAAGGAUAAUAUCAAUUUGAAAGAGUUUGACUUUUCCGAUUCGGCUCUUCGAGAUAAUCUUCUUUGGUGCAAGGACUUGGAGAAACACUCUUAUGGUGACUUCUCUUUCGCUGUGGUUCAAGCCAAUGAAGUUAUAGAGGAUCAUAGCCAGGUUGAGAUUGGAAGAGAUGCCACCUUUGUUGGAGUCUAUGAUGGCCAUGGUGGACCUGAGGCCUCUCGGUUCAUUUGUGACCAUUUGUUUCUUCAUUUAAUGAGGCUUGCUCGAGAAAACGGUGCCAUUUCUGAGGAUAUUCUUAGAAGUGCUUUUUCUGCAACCGAGGAUGGGUUUCUUACUCUUGUGCGUAGGACAUGUGGAAUAAAACCAUUAAUUGCAGCUAUAGGGUCCUGUUGCCUAGUUGGAGUUAUCUGGAGGGGUACAUUAUAUGUUGCUAAUGUGGGUGAUUCUCGAGCUGUAAUAGGUUCUUUAGGUAGAUCGAAUAAGAUAGUUGCUGAACAAUUAACAAGGGAUCAUAAUGCAAGUAUGGAGGAGGUCAGACAAGAACUCAAGUCAUUGCACCCAGAUGACUCGCAUAUUGUAGUUAUGAAGCAUGGAGUAUGGCGUAUUAAAGGCAUAAUUCAGGUAUCUAGAUCUAUUGGUGAUGCAUACUUGAAGCAACCAGAGUUUUCUCUUGAUCCUUCGUUUCCACGAUUCCACCUCCCUGAACCAAUCCGUCGGCCUGUGCUGACAGCAGAACCAUCAGUUUACACACGAGUUUUACAGCCCAAUGAUAAGUUUCUCAUUUUUGCAUCCGAUGGGCUGUGGGAGCACUUAACAAAUCAGGAGGCAGCCGAGAUCGUUCAUAAUAACCCACGAGAUGGAGUUGCCAAAAGACUUCUUAAAACAGCUUUAAAUAUAGCAGCGAGGAAAAGGGAGAUGAGGUACGAUGAUCUAAAGAAGGUUGAAAAGGGAGUUAGACGGUUUUUCCACGAUGAUAUUACAGUGGUUGUCAUCUUCGUAGACCAUGAUUUGCCGGAGAAGAUGAUCUCUAUACCUGAGCUGUCAAUGCGAGGGUUCAUAGACACUGUUGGACCUUCAAAAUUCAACAUUCUCCAGGGGCACGAUGCAAACGCAAGGUCCUACGUCUGAAACAACACAACCAAGUCACCUGAAAUGCUCAUUUUGGUCAUGGAUGACCAGGUUAAGAAAGUUUCAAUAUCUAUCCAAUGUUUUUUCAACAUUUUGUUGUUGUUUCUUUCGGCUUUUCCUUUCAUAUUCUCGUCGCUCUGUCCAA